CAGGGUCGAGGAGAGAUCGCUGUCUUUUCUCCUCUGGGGAACGUGUGGAUUACUGUACUGGAAAUCAUCUUUCGUCCAGCUUCCAGCAGCGCCCCUUUGGCUACAGAGAGUAGGAUCGUCUGCCUAAAACCCUGAGGUUGGUUCCUUUUUACAAUUGCUAUGAAGUCUUUUUUUUUUCAAAUUGCCCACGCAGCCAAAUUUAGCUUAAACCGCUCGGUUGUGCUGGGUUUAAGCGAAACAUGGCUGCAGCGGCGAUUUGAGAAACACAAUUGCGCACUGUAAACACGUUAACGCAUUGGCAGGAUUUUAAGAACACUUGUAAUUUUAGUAAUGACAAAUUUAGUUGGGCUCUAAGGUGCUACUACUGGAAGGAUUUUUUUGUUAUUAUUUUGCUUCGACUACGGCAGACCAACACGGCUACCUACCUGUAACUUGUAAUUUUAGGGACACUAUAGAAAAACUGAAGGAAAAAUAAGAUAUGCAGUAGAAAAAAAUAUGGUAAAGGAACCAGGAGAGGGGGUGGAGGAAAGUCACGGGAUUCAGGGAAUCCCGGGGGGCGGGCGGUUUAAUAUUGCUUUAGUAUAUUUUUGUAUUUUUCAUUUUUGUUAGUGUGUUUUUAUUCUUGUGAUAUUUGUAUAAAACCUAGUAGAAUGUUAUAUAUUUUCGCAUUACGAAAGGUAGUCCAAAACAUCUAGAGGGCAAGCCGAUGCAGUUAUUUGAAAUUGUGUUCUGCAAAUAACAGCAUCGGCUUGCCCUUUCGAUGAUUGCGACUACCUUUCGUAAUGCGAAACCUCCAGAGGUCUAGCAACUUGGUGUGCGCUCCCGUGGAAGCAGGGAUUUGCUCCCGGGAAAAGCGGAGUGUGUGUGGCUCUGUCCCAAUUGAUAGAUCCGAUCUUUAAAAAUCAAAUAGAGAUGGGAGUAGCGGGAUUGAGGGUCCAGAGCGGGCCUGGACAGAGAGGGGAGUUUUCUGAAAACUUUUGCCGGCAACCAGAAACUCUUUUCUCUCUCUCCCGACACCGCCGUCGCCAAAAAGAGAUCUUUUGCACGUUGGGGAAUCAGGGGCGGACUGCACUGCAAGAAGGGUCAGUGGCGCAGCAUAUGCCGUCGCUGCCCAGGGCAGGCGCGUUCCCAAGGGGCGCGGGGUGCGCGCUCCGAGGGGUGCGGAGAGUGCGCUCCCAGGCGCGGGAUAGCCGCGCGCGCGCACCCACCGAUCCGGCUUCCUUUCCGCUCUCUCCCCUGCUUGCUUGCUUGCCUGCCUCCUCCAGCCCUGAGCGCGGGGCAAUUGCGCACCGUCUGCCCGUGACUCCCGCGCCUACAGUCAGGGGAAGGCGAGAGCUGCUGCUGCGCGCUCCCGGCUGGAGAAGGCAGGCAAGCAAGCAGGGAGAGGACGGGAAGGAGGCGGGCAAAGCGGCACAGCAGCAAGCAGCUGUAAAAAUGUGUGUUUGGAAAGCGGGGAGGUUUUGUGUGUGCGUGCACACAAAUGCGAAAGCCCUGGGAAAAAACGUGUCUGCAAUCCUGGGCGUAGUCAGGAUUUUUGUUUGCUAUGCAUUUUUAUUGCUUGGGUUCGGGCAGCUGCCCCCCACGCCGGCUGCGCCCAUGCAUGCAAGUGCAACAGAUUGUGAGGUUGAAAAGGAAAUGGGAAACUUCUGCAUAACGACAGCCCUUCGGCCCCCCUCGCUCCUGCACGCGACCUAUCUAGGCUCUGUUUCUCGCUCUUUGAAAUCUUAAGACAUGGGUAGGCAAACUUAAGGCCCAAUUGCCUUCUAAAUGCGGCCCGCGGACGGUCCCGGAAUCGGCGUAUUUUUACAUGAGUAGAAUGUGCAGUUUUAUUUAAAAUGCAUCUCUGGGUUAUUUGUGGGGCAUAGGAAUUCGUUCAUUCCCUCCCCCCCCCCCCAAUAUAGUCUCCCCCCCCCCCAGGGUCUGAGGGACAGUGGACCGGUCCCCUGCUGAAAAGGUUUGCUGACCCCUCUCUUAAGAUGUUCUGCCCUUGAACACUGAGAAACCCCUUUUGCAUCCCGUUGGGAGAAAACUGAAUGGGCAGCUUUCAAUUAGAAGCAGGGAAGAUCUUUGCUCCCCCCCCCCCCUUUAGAGCUAUUUCAUAGUCAGCUCCCCCUCGAUCAAAGGCAUGAACCCUUCUCAUGAUAUUAUAAUCCUAUCCUGACUUUUAAACAUGCUAGUGUCCAUUUUUAUUACUCCAGUUUGUAUCCAACUAAGAACAAGUAGUUCAUAGGUUUCUUAAUUUCAGCAGGUCUCCUCUGAGUAAACCUGCUGAAAUUAAGAAACCUAUGAACUUCUGUGGGGCCUACUCUGAGUAGGACUAGCAUUGGGCACAACGCCAUAUUUUUACGUUAGUUGCAAAUUGCUUUGGCACUAUUAUUAUUUAUUGUGUAAUGGGAGGUUAUGUGUGCCUGUGUGUGUAAGUGUAAACACAAAAUAUAUACACAGCUCGAGUGUGUAAAACAAACAAACUUGUAGUGGUACCUUGGUUUACAACCAUAAUCUGUUCCGGAGGUCUGUUUGUAAACCAAAACAGGUUGUAACCCAAGGCAUGCUUUUGCCAAUGGGGCCUCCAAAUUUUUUUCCUCGUAAUAAUAAAAAAAGGGUUGUAAUCCAAAAAAAGGUUGCAAACUGGGACACACACUUCUGGGUUUGCCGUGUUUAUAAUCCAAAAUGUAUGCAAACCAGACUGUUUGCAAACCCAGGUACCACUGUAGUUAAAAGCAAAUAUUGAAAACAUUCAGAAGAUUAAAAUCCAGGGCAGUUAGUAAGAAAGGAAACACUUUUACAUGUCAGUAUUACAUGGUGUGUUACAGGAAUUAAUGGAAAAUUUCUAAAAAUUUGUUGGUUUUUUCCCUGCUGAAUGCAUUACACAUAAAGUUAAGGGUGAAAAAAAGAUGUUCAACAAAUGGUUUUCCUCUGAGGUAAAUUUAAAUUAGCUCUAGAAAUGUACUGCAAAAAAACAGUCAUUUUUAUCUUUCUUUAUUAAAAAAAUAAAAAUGUCUGGAUAGGCUUGCCUAAACAAAAAUGUUUUAAGUGGGUGCCGAAAAUAAUACAGCAAGGAUGCCUGUUUGAUGUCAAUAGACAGGCAGUUCCAAAGUUUAGGUGUUACCACACGCUGCAUCAAUUUAGCACCUCUUUUUGCUCACCUGUAUUUAAAUUGUUCUAUGUAUAUUUUUAGCAGGGGCCAUUGGUCUGUCUCAUCUGGGGUGCAGUUGUCUGGGGUUGCAGGGGGCGAGUGGGUGGUAGGCACAUUACGUUUUGGGGAGCAGGGUCCCUAAGACAGCAUCCUAGGAACCCCAGCACCCCAAAAGCGACUUCUGCCUCACCACUGCAAAGUGCUGGUGCUAUUUGUCCUCUUAGUAGCUAAAUAGGUGUUUAUACGCAGACUCACUGCAAAACAUGCUCUGGAGCUUCAUUAACUGCAAACCCUGAAAUUUUGGGGCCCCUCCAAGCUGGUGCCAAAGUUUUGCAAUCCUUUCACACUGCCCCUGAACCGUGUAAUUGACUUGCCCCUGGUUCAUAGUAAUACAUCAAACUGGGAUCGCUAGAACAGGCAUAGGCAAACUCGGCCCUCCAGAUGUUUUGGACAUCGGGUUUAUUUGGUUAGAUUUACAGAUUAUAGCCAUCAUCUCUGACCACUGGUCCUGCUAACUAGGGAUCAUGGGAGUUAUAAGUUCUGUGUUUUUAAAAAAUGUUCUUUUUUCACAUCCAGACAUUUAAUAAUGUUACGCCAUUCUAAAUUUCAAUCACACCACAGUUGCCUGUUCUGUAAUGUGAAAGGAAGGUUAGAAAUGUAGAUCCUGUCUUGUUUAUUGUUGCAGCACCUACUCUACUUGCCUUCUGAUCAAGCGCUUUUACGGCUUAGAAGUUGAGGGAAUUUUAAUAAGUUUUAGUUUUUUCAAAAAAAUGUUUCAAAAUACAAUGGGGUUCCCUCCCUUGAUGUUACAGUAUUAUCUUUUUUUAAAUUGAUUUGAGGCUUUUAAAAAGCACACACAAAAAACCCAAGCAGUAUAGAAAUUCUAUGAAAUAAAUUAAUGCUAUAUUUCCAAUAGUUUCUGAAACAGUGCCAUGACCACACAUGCUUCCUAUUUCUGAUGUGAGGCUUUUGCUUGUGGAAGAAAGUGCAGCAACAGUGCAGGCUAAGGGAAAAAUUUGUGUGUGGGGGGGGGAACACAUGGUUUGGAGAAGAGUAAGUGACAAACUUGCAGAGAAUAAAAUCAACUUUUCUGCAAAUCAUCUGCACCUUGUUGUGAGUUGCAAUCACUAUGAGGUCCAAAAGACCUUGGGGAUCAGUACAGAACCUGCAGGUUCUGACUUGGGAAAUAAGGAGCUUCCAGCAACUUGGAUGAAUCCAAAAACUACACUGCACAUUUAAGCUCAUACAAAUUGCCUUCCAUUAAAUUUCAAUGGGUGCUUCUAUUGAAAAGCAGUGAUUGAUUUUCUCUCUUUCUCUCCCACCAGAAAAAGCUAGACUCUGCUGGAUUGCUUCACAGUGACUGCCUCUUGCACAAUGGGCAACCUGCAGAAUAAGAUGGAGAGGACAAACGAAAGGAACUGGUUGGGACCACAGUUCAGCAUAAAAGAGGCAUGGAGUGGUUCCCAAAACCCUAUGGAAGAAUCUCCACUGGAGCCUUCCCAAGAGGAUCUUUUUGAGUUGGAUGAUGAGAAUUUCGUUCUGGCAUUGGAGAGCAGCAUGGAGGAAGAGAAGGAAGCGCCCAGUUCUGACGUGCUGAACUUGCCACUUCCAGCGCAAGCAGAAGCACAUUGUGUCCAAGUUCCCCUGAACAGCACCCCAGGCGAGGUCCCAAAGCUGCGUAGAAGCAGGCGCCUCCUAAGACAGUCCUCCUCCACGUCCUUUGAGCCAGAGGACACCACCACUAUGGAGCCACCAGCAAAAAGGCAGAGGAUCUCUUUCGUGUGGAGGUACUUCACGACAACAGGCAAAUUUGUGGUCCAGUGCCGUGUCUGCCAUAGGGCCGUUCGCCUUGGGAGGCCUGAUGGUUGCCAGCUGGUAGGAACCACUGCAAUGCACAGUCACAUGAUGAGGAAGCACAGAGACGUCCUUGACAAGGCGUCAGAAAGUGGCAAGACUGCAUCUUCCAGGCCUCGAACCCGGUCUGUCUCAGGCACCUUGGGGUCUCACUCCGCUCUUAACAAGGUAGCAGGAAGUGGCCAGAUGACACCCUCCAGGCCUCACACUCGGUCCAUGUCAGGCAGUUCUAGAUUGCAGUCCACUCCGCUGACCUGUGUGGCAUGCCAGCCAAUGGAAUUCACUUUGCUAGAGAGCAACAGCAGCCAAGAUUUUGAGUCCAGAGAUGGCAGCGCUGUGCUGGUACAGGAGGACUGGGCAAAGGAAAGGGCACUACCAGGACUCAAGGAAGGAGGAGCCUCUGGCAUCAAAAGGCCCCAAAAGAACCCACUUCGAAAGGUUGCCGCCAACAUGGAACCAUCAGCCCAUCGUGGGAAAACGUCUUUUGUGUGGAAACUCUUCGCCAAGGAUGCCAAUAGCAAAUUUGCGGUCCGUUGCAGUCAAACUGUUAGUCUUGGGAAGCCCAGCGGCUGCCAGCACGUGGGAACCACCACAAUGCACAGUCACCUCAUGAAAUGGCACAGAGAUGUGGCUGACAAGGCCGAAAGAAGCAGCAAUACAACACGCUCCUUCCCUCCUAGGCAGAAAGAAAAGGCAAAUGACCGGCUCUGUGGAGGAAAGAUGGAAGAGCUAGACUCUGUGGCAACUGACGCAGGGAAAAGAGCAGGGGUAACUCCUCACUUCGUCCAGGCGAGGGGCAGCGUGACAGCCUCAAAGAGAACCGCACAGGAGAUCCUGGGGGAGGAGGACGUCCUUGGCUCUGACGCUCAGCGCCAACGUUUCAGGCAUUUCCGCUACCAGGAGGCCGAGGGGCCCCGAGAGGUUUGCAGCCGAUUCCACCGCCUCUGCCAACAGUGGCUGAAGCCGAAGAGACGCACCAAGGCUCAGAUGCUGGACCUGGUGAUCCUGGAGCAGUUCCUGGCUGCCCUCCCCCCGGAGAUGCAAAGCUGGGUCAGAGAUUGUGGGCCGGAGACCUGCGCCGAGGCAGUGGCCCUGGCUGAAGGUUUUCUUAUGAGCCAAGCGGAAGACCAGAAGGAGGCUGAGGUGAGAGACUGUUUUGCUUUGGUAAUUCCAAGGCCCCAAUCCUUGGUUGCAUUUGGAUUCACUGCCUCAGGAAGUGCUGAUCAAUCUUCUAGCUGAUAAAUUAGACCCUCUCAGGUGCUGAGAUCAGCAGAUGGGGCCCUCUUGGUAGUUCCUGCACCCUCAGAGAUUUGGUGGGUGGCAGAAGGCCUUCUCUGUGGUGGCCCCUAAGCUGUGGCACUCCUUCCCCACAGAGGUACAUCUGGUACCUACAUUAUACGGCUUCCAGCGAAUGCUGAUGACGCUCAUUUUUACCCUGGCUUUUGAGGUGUAUGCUUUUAGGACUCUCCUUACUUCUAUGAAUCCAAUUUUUGAAUUGUUUUUAGUAUUGUGUUUUAAUGCUGCAACCUGCCCUGGGACCUUAGAGUGAAAGGGAGGGUAAAUAAUAAUUAUUAAUAAUGAUGAUGAUACCGUAUUGGCCCGAAUAUAAGCUGCUCCCUUCCCCGCUUUCUCCCUUCCCGGCCUUGGGGGAAAGGACGGGGGACUACGCGUGGGACAGGCACCACUUUGCUGUGCUCCUGGCUGCAUACUGGAUAAUUUUUGUAAGGUCGUGAAUAUAAGCUGCACGGUCGGAAUUUGGGGGGAAAGUGCGGCUUAUAUACGGGCCAAUACAGUAAUAAUAACUUAAUACUUGAACAUUUAUUCAUUUUGCGUUAUUUAAUGGCACCCCUGGCCUUUGCCUGACCUGUUUCCUGUCUCCCCCCCUCCACUUUCUUGCAUGGGUUCCUAUCUCAGGCGCAGGAGAUGUCAUCCAAAGCAACCUCACAUUUCAUAGAGGCAGAGAACACCCUGCCAGAUGCCACCGAGAGGCCACUGUUCAGGGAGAUCAAGCAGGAGGCUGGCAUGUGCACCACCUCUCUGGGUAAGGACCAUAACGGAGCAGGCUUCAAUAUAGUCUCUCCUUCUCUUGAAUAUGCCUGAAUCCUGUGGUUAAAUUACGGAGCCUAAAAUGCCUCCCCGUUUUCUUUGUCUUCCCCAUAGGAUGUCGAACAACGUUUGGAGACAGUGAGAUGGCCCCAGAGGUUCCUUCUAGGCCUCCUCCUCUUUGUGGUGGGCUGGAAAUGGCUUCUGCCCAGUUGGAACAGGUACGGGGUGGGUGGAAUUGUUGGGGAGAUGGGCAGGUUCCUUUUUCAGACCCAGCGAGAGGUGCGGGAUUUGAUGGGACAUCCUUCUUUCAGGCUCCUGUGUCCCUUGAGGAGGUGGCAGUGCGUUUCACGGAGGAGGAAUGGUUCCUGCUGGAUCCGGACCAGAGAGCGCUGCACAAAGAAGUCAUGGAGGAGAAUUAUGCGAGUCUGGUAUUUUUAGGUAAGGCUCCUCCUUGGUUUUGGCCGAUAGAUCCUGAAAGCAGGAAUAGUUGCUGCUCUUUGUAUGCGGCAGUGCAUUGUGGGAAACGUCACAGUAGCUGACAGGGCCUUUAGUGUGGCAGUCUCCACCCUGCGGAACUCCCUGCCUUCUUUCAGACGUCUACAUACCUGUCAACAUUUCCUUUUUAUUGCGAGGAAUCCUAUUCGGAAUAAGGGAAUUUCCCUUUAAGAAAGGGAAACGAUGACAGUUAUGUCUCUCUUAAAAACUUUACUUUUUAGGUACAUCUUUACAAUAUGGAUUUCCCCUCCCCUUCAGCCAGCUAGUAUCUGUUGCUGUUUUACUGAUGUUUGUAAACAUGUUUUACAGAUAUUUAUUUUCAUUAAAGUUUAUUUAUACUUUUCAAAUUCAUACAUUUCAUUAAUUUCACAAUCAUUUUAACAUUUCAAAGUUUGGCUUCCUCCGCGCCCCCCCUCCUUUCUGCCGAUCCUUAAAUUUAUUUUUUAAUAUCUUCUGCAUAUCCAAACUCAUUUAAUUUGCUCAUUUAAUUAUCUACUUUAAAUAUAAACUCGAAUGAAACUGCAGGUUAUUGCAGUAAUCCUGCCAAUGUUUUUAUCUGUUUGCAAUUUAUCUGUAAAUGUUCACUAAGCCAGUUCCAUUCUUUUAUAAAAAGUUUAUCUUGAUUUCUUGUUCUUCCGGUAAAUUUCACCAUUUCUGCAUAUUCCAUAAGUUUUUGCAUCCUUGCUAUUGUAGUCGCAUACAUAAAUAAAUUUCUAUACAAUUUAGGUAGUUCUGUUGCUAAAUUCCCAAAAGAGAAGCUUCUGGGUUUUUUGUUUGUUUGUUUUUUUACAAAGGUUAUUUUGUUGAACAUCCUCUUCAAUUCAUUAUAUAUCAUUUCCCAGUAAGCUUACUGGCUGACCAUUUUACAGAUAUUUAUUGACUGAUUUAAUUGAAUUUAUGCCACGAGCUGCCUUGAUAUAUGCUAUGAAAGUGCAAAUCAAAAAAAUUCAAAUAAAUAAAUAGUCAGUUAAAUAAGCUCUGGCCCCAUCCAAGCUAUACAUUUAAGGCAGCAUUAUAACAUUACCCAGGCCUAUGGCUAUUAAUUAAUCUAUGACCUGUAAAAGUGUGGGGACUAUUAUUCUAAUUAGGUUGUCUGUCGGUAUGCUCUUUACUAUGUUUGUGUCAUUGAUGCUGUGUAAUGUGUUUUAACGUUGUACGACGCCCUGAUAAAGGGCAGUAUAUAAAUUGAAUAAAUAAUAAUAUCUUCUUUCUCUGAAAAAAGGACUACCAGUUUCCAGAUCUGACAUCGCUUUGCAGAAAGAAUGGGAAAAUGCAUUCACUGAGGGCUCUGAAGAGAAAUUAGCAGGUAGGUAAUUGACAUGGGACUCCGGCAUUUUCGGCCUAGCAAGCUAUGCAGACACCUGGCAGACAUUUUGAUUUCUGUGUGGCCAGACUCCCGUGCCCUCCUUUAUUCAACUGGUGGGCACCAGAGGCAGGCAGGACCUUUUUGGUAGUGUCUCCUGCACUCUGGAAUUCACUUCUGAAAGAUAUACAACGGGAGCUCCCCUCAGUUUAAGAAAGUCUUUAUAAAAACUCACCUGUUUUCUCUUACCUGUAACUGAAUGCUGAAGAGGUAGCUCUCUACCCUGGCCUUGAGACACGUUUUGAGAGCCUGCCCCUUUCCCAGGACUGUAAUAUUUUUAUCCUUUUUAAAAUUACGGAUUUUAGAUUGUUGUAAACCACCCCAGGACCCGUUGGCAGAGGGUGCGUAAUAGAUUUACUUUAUGCUACUUAUUUUACAAAAACAUUAUUUAGCGCUUGAUUAUAGAAAAACCUCAAAGCAAGGCACAAAGCAACUACAGCUAUUCCCCUGCAGAAAUCAAGGGUAAAUUCAAAUAAUUUAAAAUAGUAAUAAACUACAAACACAUCAGUAUUCUAGAUAUCUGGGUAGACUUGUCGCAGCAAAAAUGUUUUUAGCAGGCGCCAAAAAGAGUAGAGUGAAGGCACUUGUCUCAUAUCAAUAUGCAGGGAGUUCAAAAGUAUAGAGACUGCCAUACUAAAAUACCAAUUUCCUACAAAUGCGGAACACAUGUGGCAUGUGUAACAGUAUCAGUUAUUAUUUCCUUUUCACCAUCAGAGGCUGUUUGAUGAAAUUGAAAAGAUCUGCCUCCCCACUUAAUAUUUUCUGCUUUCUUUGAUUUCAUUUCCUACCUGAUUUGAGGACCUGUUCCUGAUUUCUCUCUCGAUUCUUUCAGGUGAUGGGAGUGAUAGUGAUGAAGAAAACAGUCCCCAAAGAAAGAAAACUGAACAGAAACGCUUGACUUCCGUAGCGGCUGGCUUCCGUGAAGUUCCAAUACUAGCAGAACAUCAUGCAGGAAACAAAAGGAAUAUUGAGAAUGGAGAGAGACUGUUGAUGUGCUCAGAGUGUGGAAAGGGUUUCAUUGGCUGGAUGAACCUUACUAAACAUCAGAGAAUCCACAUGGGAGAAAAACCACAUGAAUAUUCAGAGAACAGGAAGCCAUUCUCUCGCAGCUCAGACCAGAGAUUCCAUGUUGGCACAAAGCCCUAUAAAUGCUCAGAGUGUGGAAAGAGCUUCGUUCAGAGCACGUACCUGAGAGUGCAUAAAAGAAUUCACACAGGGGAGAAGCCGUACAAAUGCUUCGAGUGCGGAAAGAGCUUCGGCUGGAGUGGAAACCUGAACAGGCACCACAGAAUCCACACAGGGGAGAAGCCGUAUCAAUGUUCCCAGUGUCAGAAGAGUUUCCGUCACGGAUCAAGCCUUAAACUUCACCAGAGAAUUCACGGAGGUGAACGCACUUUAUAAACAUCGAGGGUUUUGUGGAAUACAUACGUUAAUUUGCAUUACAAAACUUGCACUUGGGAGAAACUCAACGGCUAAGAGCAGGCAUAGGCAAACUCGGCCCUCCAGCUGUUUUGGGACUACACUUCCCAUCAUCCCUGACCACUGGUCCUGUUAACUAGGGAUGAUGGGAGUUGUAGUUCCAAAAUACCUGGGAGGCCAAGUUUGCCUAUGCCUGGAUAGUGGAUAGUGGAGUGUGGAUAUUCUGGUAUCCCUUCAGGAGAAAGCACAUGAAUAAUUACAGCAACCUUCACAAUCUGGUGCCCUCCAAAUGUUUUGGACUACAAUUCUCAUCGGCCGCGUGCAUCACAGCCACUGGGUUCCCCCAAAGAACAUGGGUGGUGUUUUGUAUUUUGUAGCAAAAAUCCACCUUCCCGCCAAAAUACAGAACAACCACAUAGGAUUUGCACCAGCCUGGAGCUACGAUACUUUUGAAUAUUCAUUUAUCACUAUCCCGUUGUGUUUGAAAGGAACUACUGGACAGCACUUUGAUUGACUUGUUUAUUUCUAGAGUCACGUUUUCCCCUCAUUAUGACUUACUGGCAUUGCAUUGCGGUAGGAUGUGAGGUUUUUCAUUGUUUCUGCGGCUCCUGGGCUGCCUCAUGUGUAGCAGUGCAGAAAGGCGAGCCUACUAAACCACAAAUGCAAUGCAGUGAGCUAUUUCUGCUUAGUUUUGUACACAGCACACACAUUUUGAUAAAUAACGACCUUUUGCAUUGCCUUGGCGACAUUUGAAAAUAGGUCUUGGAGAUGCCAGUUUUGUGCGGAUGCCUUUUGGAUAUCUAGACUGGAUUUGAACACAUCAGAGUUUCAGUUAAACGUGUUGUAAAUUUAAACAGGGAAAGAUGGGAGGGAAAGAUGGGACUCCACAGCGCCAUCUGGUGGCACAGGGUUAUAUUGCAUACACAACACUUUCUUCACCAGCCUAGCCGAGUCCUUAAUGUGAUGAGCACUAUGUAUGUAAUGUGUUGUGUGUAUUCUUAUUUUGUUACUAUUUGUAUUUGUUAUAUAAGGUUAUUUUUUAUCUGUUGAAUUUGCAAAUAAAGGUUUUUUUUUAAUGAAACAAAAUUUUGGGG